ACUUCGUCAACAAUCCGCCAGUGAGACGGCUUAGCCCGGACUUCUUCCUCCUCAUUUCGGACCGUCUGUUGUCGCUUCAUCGUUUCACAACUUGAGUUUAGUGUUGGCUGGGAGAUAAUGAAGAGGAGCACUUCCAUGCGGGCAGGAUUAUCGGCGCGUGUAACAAAAGACCCGCUCACCUCCUAACUCCUGCUGUUCUGUCGGGCUUCGGCCACAUUUUAACCGGGGCUCUGUUUCAGUUUUAAGAGUGGAAGCGGAGUGAAGAGAUGCCGCUACUCCACAGAAAGCCCUUCACCCGACAGAAACCUCCGGCUGAUCUGCGACCAGAGGAAGAAGUGUUUCUCUGUAAAAUCACUCAUGAAAUAUUCAGGUCCUAUGAUGAGUUCUUUGAGAGGACCAUCCUUUGUAACAGUUUAGUAUGGAGUUGUGCACUGACGGGGCGAGCAGACCUCACCUACCUGGAGGCUGUGGAGAGCGAGCGACGAGCGAAGCAGAGUCUGCAGAGCUUCCCUCAGGCCCUCGUAGUGCCAAUGCUCCACCUUGCUGCUCUGAGUGGCCACUGCAGGCUGUCGGAGCUCUGCGAGGACGUUUAUGCCUUUGUCAAAGACCGUUUCUUCCCAGGAGAAAUAGUGGAUGUCAGCGGACGCAAUGGUGCUAGGCACAUGUGUAAGGUUGUGCAGGUGCUGUCGCCUUACUCUAGUGCUAACGGAGCAACACCCACUAACAGCCAAAGCAGACCAGCAGACGGCGACACCAUUGUGAUUAGUGACAGCGACGAUGAGAGUGACGCCUUCCAAAGUCCCAAACCACAGGUCAACGGUGGAAAGAAGAAGCCCCUGAACCCAUCAGCUUUUAUUUACAGAGUAAGGAAAAUCAAGGAUGAAUGCAGCGAACCUUUUACGGUCAAAGGCAAUCAAAUCAGUCGAAAGAAAUCUGCUGUAUCCAGAGAAAGACUGAAACUCCUCUUCAAGCAGCAUUGUGAACCUCAGAAGGGAAGCAUUAUUCUUAAGCCCUCCACGGUGAAGAAGUACAGGCUGUCUGAACAAAGCUUCUCUCAGUUCUUUCCGGAUGAGCCCCCCCUUCUCCCCUUCAGCCCUCACUCUAUUGGCUCUUCUGGACAGGUGUCGUCAAUAAAUGUGCUGGAGGAGAAGCUUAAGAUGCUGCAGAAGCGGGAAGAGAUGGCUACUGCAGUCUAUGAGAAAGCGCGGUUGAAGAAGGAGAGGGAGGAGGUGCAGGAGGCCAAAAGGAAGGAGCGAGAGGGUAAGGACAAGCUGAGGGAGGAGCAGAGACAAAGGUUUGAGGAGGAGAAGCAGAGGAAGAGGGAAGAGAGGGAGCGCAGGAAACUAGAGAAAGAGAGGGAACGAGAGAAGUUGAAGGAAGAGAAGAAGAAAUAUGCUCAACAACUGAAGCUGUGGAACAAACCCAGAGAGGAUAUGGAGUGUGAAGACUUAAAGGAGUUACCCAGUCCAAUGCCAGUGAGAACUCGUCUUCCUGCAGAGCUCUUUGGAGAAGCUCUGAUGGUUUUAGAGUUUCUGCGAGCUUUUGGUGAGGCCUUUAACCUGAAAGAUGAGUUCCCUGAGGGCAUUACUCUGGAGGUUCUGGAGGAGGCACUGGUCGGCACUGACCCAGAAGGUCCUUUGUGCGAGCUCCUUUUUUUCUUCUUGACAGCCAUAUUUCAGGCUCUGGACGAGGAGCAGGAGGAGGUGGCCAAAGAUCAGGCUGAAGACCUGUGGGAGGCUUUAGACGAUGAUUCGGAUCCCACUCAGUCAGCUCUGACUGCCGUCGCCUCAUUGGCUGCAGCCUGGCCUCAGCUGCAUCAGGGCUCUGGUCUCAAACAGCUGGACCUGGAUAGCUGCACACUGUCAGAAAUCCUGCGCCUCUACAUUCUAGCCUCUGGUGCCGAUUGUAACCAUAGCAACGCUAAGUUCCGGUACCAAAAACAAGGUGGUUUCACAGUCAUGGAUGACCCAUGUGUGGGACUGCGAGUGUCUGAUCCAGCGCUGCUGAAGAGGUUGUCCUGCACUCCAGUGUAUGACCUUUCACCAGGGGAAAAACUAAAGAUCCUUCAGGCUCUGCUGGGGAAGCUGUUGACUUUGGCAUCUUGCAGAGAUCUCAUUGAAGACUGUGUGGAUGAACAGAAGGCUGCCAGACAGGAACUACGAGAGAUCAGAGCUGAACAACACCGCCGAAAGAGGGAGGAGAUCGCACUAAGGGCUCGUCUUCGAAAGGAGGAGAAGUUGAGGGAGCAGGAGCUGAGAAUGAUGGGAAAAGAGGAGAAACUGAAGGAGCAGGAGGUGAAGGAAAGACUCCAAACUAAUGGUGACACUGGGGGAGAACAUCACAACAAGAAUGUUAAAGAAAAUACUCCAUCCAGUACCAUGAAGAAAGCCAAAGGAAGCCAAAAUGAAGAGCUACAACAACAGCAAACCAAUUCUGAUUCCAAACCCUCUGGCUUUGCUUCCAACCUGAAUGCAGAGGAGCUGGAAAGCGAACAGGAGAAGGUUCGAGGGUUGCUGGAACAAAUUCAGAAGGCAGCGGCCUGCACUUGCCUGCUUCCUUUAGGUAAAGACCGGCUGUACCGUAGAUACUGGGUCGUCCCCUCAGCCUCCGCUUUGUUUGUGGAGGAGGACUUUUUUGGCCUGACAGAGGACAUGCUGAAGCCAUGCCCAAAACCUUCUGAAGACGCUGCAACAAAUGGGGAGGAUAACAAAGUUGGGACAGAACCAACCAGCGAAAAUACUGGUUCAAGCCCCAAACCCCUCAAUGCACAAGGUGUUCUGGUAAACCGGCCCAACCAGUGGUACUUCUACAGCUCGAUAGAGGAGGUGGAUCAGCUGAUCGAAGCUUUGAAUCCUCGAGGUAACAGAGAAAGCUGCCUGAAGGAGGCGCUGGUACAGGACAGAGACAAGCUCAAACAGCUGCUGCAGAACUGUGACCAGAAAAAAUACAGGCUUCUAACUACACAGACAGAUGAAGCUGAGCGUUCACCUUGCCCUGCACCAGCUAAUACCCUGAUGGAUGUGAGGUUAAGAGACCUGCUGCUGGACUUGGAGGACCGCAUCCAUCAGGGGUCCCUGGGAACUCUGAAAGUGAUGGGCAGACAGAUUUGGCGCUCUGCACUGGAAGCGGGAAACUACGAGCUUCUAGGAACUGAUGGCAAAGAUAAUGCCAUGAUAAAUGGACAAGUGGAGCCUAUGGAGAUGGACUCUGUCCAGUUAAGAGCCAGAGAUCGAUGCAGUGACAGGCUGCUGGAGCUAAAGUCUGAAGCUUCAGCCACCUGUGGGACCAGUGGCAGCGAGACUCCUCAGGUGAUCAGCAGUUCAGUUCGAAUUUUGGCUCAGGCCCUUUGUCAUAUUGAGCAAGGCAUUGAGAGACGCUUCCUCAAACCUCCACUGGGUGAUGAAGACUCAAAAAAAGACCAGAAAAUUAAGAAAAACAAAAAGAAAGAAGAUGACCAAGCAUCUGAUGAUGGUAGCAGUGAUGGUGGUCGGGUCAUUAAGACGGUGUUGGAGCGAUGGAGGGAGUCACUACAGUCCUGUUCAAGCUUGUCUCAGGUUUUUGUACACCUGUCCAGUCUUGAACGGAGCAUUCUCUGGUCCCGUUCAGUCCUCAAUGCCCGCUGUCGCAUCUGCAGACGCAAAGGAGACGCAGACAAUAUGCUGCUGUGUGAUGGCUGUGACCGAGGACACCACACCCACUGUCUGAGGCCCCGUCUUAAGUAUGUCCCAGAGGGCGCCUGGUUCUGUCCAGACUGUCGACCCAAACAGCGAUCCACCCGCAUACCGUCCCGACAGCGGUCUUCUAUAGAUGAGGAGGAGGAGGAGGAUGACAAAGAGGAGGAUGACAAAGAGGAAGAAGAGGAGUCAGAAGAGGAAGAUGAUUCUGAGGAGGAGGAGGAAGAUGAAGAGGAGGAGGAAGAAGAAGAGGAGGAGGAGGAGGUAGUUGUGAGUGCUAGUAAGAGUCAGGCCGCUACUCCCAAAGGCAAAACCCAACAAGCUCUGCCCAGGAACAACACUACUUCAUCAGGGAAAAACUCUUCAGCCUCCAAAACCUCAGGAAGGAAAGCCUCUGCAUCUACAUCCAAAGCCAACAUGACAACAAACGAUAAAGCUUCGUCCCGCUCAGGACACCGCGGCAACGCCCGUCUAAGUAAUGAGGUCCUCGCCCCAAAGAGCAAUGUGAAAUCCUCACCUGGUCAGAGAGAGGUCAGCAAGAGGCCCUCAGCAGAAGCUGCACCCCCCAAACCAUCAAAAACGGUCCUCCCUGUUCUCUCGGCAGCAUCUUCAUCCUCCAGUCGACGUUCCUCGGGAAGGAAUCAGGGUGUACACGAGCUGUCAGCCUAUGAGCAGAUGACCGUUGAGUUGGUCAGACAUGAAGACAGCUGGCCCUUCAUGAAACUAGUGUCCAAGAAUCAGGUUCCUGACUACUAUGAUAUCAUUAGGAAGCCAAUAGCUCUGAGCACCAUCAGAGAGAAGGUCAACAACUGUGAAUAUCAGACAGCAGGCGAGUACAUCUCAGAUGUGGAGUUGAUGUUCUCCAACUGUCUUCAGUAUAAUCCUCGUCAAACUAACGAGGCAAAGGCCGGAGUCCGCUUGCAGCAAUUUUUCCACUCUGAGCUCAGCCGCCUUGGCCUCAGAGAACGUUGUUCUGCUCCACCUGCAAAACGCUCUCGACAGUGACCUCAUCACUGUCCAGUCUGCUGCGUACUCCUGGGCCUGAAACAUGGGCCACUCCUACGAGCUGAUACCUUGCCUUCUGACUCAUGCAAAGUAUUGAUGUUGUGUUGAGGUUAUUCUUUGAACUUUGGUCCUAAUUAACCGAUUGAUGCAGGCUGUUAGAAGGUGGCCAGAGUUAAAAAUAAACAAGGCAUUAACAUAACAGUAAAACUUUCAAGUUGAUGAGCAAAUGUUCCACAAAGGUGGAGUUGAUCUUAGACUUUAUCCCCAGUUAUAUUGGCUCUGCCAUGCUCUAGUUCUCAACUGGAGAGUAUUACUUUUGUUGCAUCUGCUGUGUGUUGAUAACUUUGUAGAAAAGCUGUGGGGUCCUUCCUGUGGUCUGCAGGGCAUUUGUUUUAGACUUUGUCAACAGAUGUGUUGAACACACAGACAUGGUGCUGUAGGACAGUAGAGUCCCUUCUGUUUUCUCCUUUGAAAUGCAAAAACCACUGAGGAACAUUUGCACUGACAGUUGAACCUAAAACUCUGAUGAGGCUUUUUAUGUUUGCUCAGGGACAAAAUCUUAGUUUUAAAUGGAAACUUCUUUGUAUCAAUGCAGAAACAUUUCCCUCUGUUGUGGUACUGGUUUCUGUGUUCAGAUAUAUGGAAGUCUGAUGCUGCCAUAAUGGAAAUGAUGAAAUGUACAUAGGUGGGAACUGGCCUGAUUGUGUAUGAGAGACGGCACUGUUUGCCUUUAACAAAGUCUUUCAUAGUUCAUUGAAUAGUCACUGUUUAAGUAAAAAACUGAGUGGACAUUCUUAUUAGUACUAAUAAAGUGUGGUUGUAAGAAUAUUUAGUAUUUAAAAAUGCAAAACCUGACGGUGAGAGUAUUUUUGUUGUUUGUGUACUUCUCUUCUGUUUCUCUCUUCCAGAAUACAGAACCAGGAUCAUAUUUUAUCAUAGUUGCCUCAGCCUAUUUCUAAAUGAUUUUCUGAUGAACUGUAUGUUUUCAGAAUCUGUAAGCCUAAACUAUUGGAAACCACUGUAUAAAUAUACAGAACCAGUUUGCAGUUUAAAAAAGUAUUGCUUUCAUACUCUAAUUUUAUUUUAUCAGCAAGGUAGCAUUAUCAAGUGUACAUAAAGGAAAUUAAAGUGGAAGCCAUACGUUAUAGAGAGAUGUCUGUCCAAAUAUCUUAGAGAUCAGAUCCUAAAUAAUUUUGUUCUUUUUAAACAGAAGUAGAUAAUGACUAACAACUAAACUUUAUGAUUUAAAGACAUUUAGUUUUCCUCAAACAGGCUGUUGGAUUACCAUUGUUUUUCUUCAUGGAGCAUUAAUAUGCAGCUCUGUCGAAACAUUCAGGCAAACCUGGUCCCCCCUCUGAAAUAAAAAAAUGUUUUUAUACUAGACAUAUAAAAUUGUUAUAUCAAGCAUUAAUGUAAGGAAACCCAAUGUUCUGUUAUUCCUUUUUUUUAAAUACUACUGAAGUUAGUUUUCAGGAAAUAAAAUUUCCCUCAAGAUGACAUGUUGAUAGAAAAAUUAAAGAGAUGUAAAUGUGAAUAAAUAAAUUGCAAUUCUAAAAA